AUGGCCACGGAGCCCCCGCGGCCGGCGGGGCGCCCCGAGGGCGGGCGCGGGUGCUGCGCGGGCGGCGGGCGCGGCGAGACGGAGGAGGCCGAGGCCGCGGCCCAGCCGGUGCUCGGCGCCUCUCCGGGCCCCGCGGCGGCGGGGGGCGGCCGGCGGCGGGCGCUAAACGGAUGCGUGCCGCUGUCGCACCAGGUGGCCGGGCACAUGUACGGCAAGGAUAAAGGCGGCAUACUGCAGCAUCCAGAUGGAACUGUCCUGAAGCAGUUGCAGCCACCACCUCGUGGUCCCAGGGAGCAAGAGUUCUACAACAAGGUUUAUGACUCCGAAUGUUGCGACAGCAUUCUUCUGGAGCUGCGGGAAUAUCUGCCAAAAUACUUCGGUGUCUGGUCACCGCCUACUGCACCAAAUGAUACAUAUCUAAAACUGGAAGAUGUGACCCGUAAGUUUAAUAAGCCCUGCAUAAUGGAUGUAAAAAUUGGUCAGAAAAGUUAUGACCCGUAUGCUUCAGCGGAGAAGAUACAGCAGCAGGUCAGCAAGUACCCACUGAUGGAAGAGAUUGGCUUUUUGGUUCUUGGAAUGAGGGUGUACCACGUGUCUUCAGACAGCUAUGAGACACAAAACCAGCACUACGGAAGGAGCUUGACCAAGGAAACAGUCAAGGACGGCAUCUCAAAGUUUUUCCACAGUGGGUACUGCUUGAGAAAAGAUGUGGUAGCUGCCAGCAUUCAGAAGGUUGAGAAGAUUUUGGAGUGGUUUGAAGGCCAGACACAGCUCAACUUCUACGCAAGCUCACUGCUGUUUGUCUAUGAAGGUUCAUGUCAAGCGACAACCAUGCGGUUGAGUGAUGUCACCUUGGCAGAGAAGAGAAAAGUACCCAAAGGCCUGUUAUCAGGUGGAGAUGUAUUGGAGUAUAAUAAUAAUAUUCAUGUAAUAAAUUCGACAGAGAAUGGAAAAAUUGAAGCCUCUGUAGGUAAAGGCUUGUCUAAAUUUUAUGCACUUCACAAAAAGGCGUGCUCGAAGAGGCACCACAGUCAGCUCUCCCUAAAAGUUGAAAACUCAGAGCAAGACAAUGUGUGGAAAACCAGCACAUGCAUUACACAGGAGCACCUGAAUGGAAAUGUUCUACCCCAACUGGAAAAAGUUUUCUAUCACAUGCCAGCAGAGACCAAGGAAAGUGCAAAUGUCGAAGUCCGAAUGAUCGAUUUUGCUCAUGUGUUUCCCAGCAACACAAAGGAUGAGGGCUAUAUUUAUGGUCUGAAGAAUCUCAUCACAGUACUGCAAAAUAUUUUGGAUAACUAAAUUCUUUGCUAUGUUUUUUAUUGGGGGCCAAUGAUAAAGAGCAACAACAUGAAGAAUUUCUGCACUUGUAAUGCUGUAUAACUGGGUUUGUAUUGUUCUAUAUUUUAUUUGUCUUUGUACUUUUGGUAGAAAGGUUUAACUUUUUAUAAUUUCACUCAGGAAAAAUAUUGAUAGUUAAUUAGGAAGUGUGAAAGGAUGAAGAUACCUGAGAUAAAGCAGGAUAGUUAAAUUAACAGAAUGAAAUGUAUGUGGUUGGCUUAAAUCCAAGGACUACCAGAAGCAAGGGUUAUGUUAGUUCUUCUAAUGACUUUAGCAUAGAUGACAUUUUUGCCCAUUUAGCCUUGACACUGAGCCACAUCUCCAUUAAGAGGUGUUUAGAAAAUAGACUGAAAGUUGUAAGGUGCAGGAUUGAUGUCCUCAGUACUGCCCUUGUGUUUACUGUAUUUGAAUAACUGGAGUAACUCUGCUUGGAGAGAAAUCCCAUUCUGAGUCAGCAGUCUCACCUGAAGCCAGUGCAUCCCAAAGUGCUUUUCUGUGUCAUUGGACAAUAUUGUUGUUCUUUCAGCCCUUCCCCCUUCUUGGAUGUUGUAGCUGAUGUUCAUCACACAUGAGCUACCGUGUAAUUUGUGUUGAGGUGCUAAGAAAAUGCUGGAGUACAAUAUCAUAACAGACUUAAACUGCACAACUUCUAGAGAAACCGUUUGUUCCUAAGAACAAGCGAAAGAAGGCAAAUGCAAGAUGUUCCAGGAACUGAUUUGGUUUAGGAGAUUAUGUCAGUCUGUUAAUGGAGUGUCUGAUGCUGUGAUUAAGGAAAAUGUCUCACUCUGUUGUUCUCGUGGCCAUUCUCCAUCAACAUUGCUUUAAAAAGCAAACCAGUAGAAUGGGGAAACAAGUGUUUUGGGUGAGUGUGCAGAGCUCUGCUGGCUGUAAGCCACUUGCAUUUUUGCAGUGAGUGUUUGAUGCUUCAACUGCUGGGGAGCACUGACUGGAACCUCAAGCAAUAGAAGGCAGAGGAGCCUCCUGCGAGAUCAUUCAGCCUUGGAGCCACCAGCUGUGCUACCACUUGUGCCAGUGGAGCUGUGGCUCUCCAUCCUGGGCUGCUGACAUGGCAAGUUUCUUUAAUGACACACAGGCAAGCUGUGUAAUUUGAAAGCUGUCCCAUUUCCUUCCUUUUCACAAGAAAAAGUCAAUGUUUGUAUGGAAUACUUGAGAUCAGGAUGAUGUAUCCAAAGCAGUUUUGGUUGUCUCUGCUGUGUAGGUGGCUGUGCUGCCAUGCAUAUUACAAUGAGCUGUAUGAAAAGUGGGAAUGGAGGAGUCCUGCCAUCCCUAGAGCAAGAUUUUAAUGCUUAAAGCCUUUCCAGGCCGAAAAUGUUGUCGAAUGGAUUUGGUCAUUGGAAACAUAAAUCUUUUUCAUGUGGACUUAGUGACCCUGUGGCCUUGCUGCUCUCUCUGUAUGAUGUUCUGCACUAUGCACUCAGCUGUGUACACGUCUUGACAAGUUCUUCAUUGGACAUCUGUUUUCUACAUGACAAAGAGAUGCAUACUUUUUCAAGCAACUACGCUGUUUUAAAUAAAGCUGAAUUUUUAGCUCUAUUUGAGAACUUGGGUUAAUUGGGUGAAACAGGGUAUUACUAUGUGUAGAAUUACAUGGUUUAAACUUUAGAACUCAUAUUGACCAAUACAUUCAAUAAUGAAACCAACCUUUUAGUAACAUGAUGUUUUAGAAGUAUGGAAAAAGGGGCUUGCAAGAAGGGUGAGACCAGUGUGUUAAAAAUUUUAUGUGAAAUACAGUGAAGUCUGAGGGGGAAAGUACCAGGAAGAGAGGAACUUUUUUCCUACCUGGUAUUUCUCUUGCACCUUAUAGUUAAUAUAUUCCCAACUCCCUGUGAAUUAAUUUAAGCCAUAUUCUAGAAAGAGUUUGUGGUUUUGUUUGCUUUGUCACUGGUUUCUCUGUUAUGAUUUUAUUGUUCUGUCCCUUAAAUUGUUAACACUAGAAUAGUCCAGACUGGUAGUGGCCUUGUAUGAUAAAGGUACAAGGUUUUAUAGGAAAAUAUGGGCAAAAACAUUUUAACAUCAUCAUUUUUGUCCUCUCUAAGUCAUCUCUUCUGGGUUUUAAUCCACUUUGUACCAGAGAAAUGAGGCAUUUUCCUCAAGUCAGUUAUUGGAAAAUGAUAAGUAUGCACUUAACACCAUGCACUCUCCUGUCUCUGCUUUAAGAUAAGUGUCCUCAGUGUUUGAAUGCUCUUUAAGUAUUGAUUGUUUUGUUGGCUAUGGCAGUAUUUGUAACAUGCCUGGAAUAUUGUCAACCUGUCAGAAUAUUUUGAAUUAAAAAAAAAUUAUCAUGGUUUUUGUACCAGCAGUUAUUAUGAAUGUAUUUCUGAUAAUUUAAAAUGUAGCCUGAGAAGUAACAGUAUUUUUCAUUGGAAAUUGUGUAAAUAAAGCUUAUGUGGAGAUGUUUGGGCACAGUACCAGCUGUGAGUUUGAGCCUGCAGAGGCCUUAUACUCACACUUCUGUUCUUGCAGAUUUUAGGCUCGGCGUGUCUUGUGUCUGAGCCAAUUGUUUUCAGUUGCAGUUGGAAAUGUAUUACAGAAAUCAUUAAACAGAAUAUGUAAUUAAUCAGAAGAUGAAGAGGGAGACAAUGGGUCACUGAACUGAUGCACUCUCAAUGAUUGAUCUCCCUCCCUCUCAGCAAUGCCCCUUUUGUUCUCUGGGCAGAGUAUACAGGACAGGCAAACAUUACAUGGAAAUCUUUACAGGAAUGGUUACAAGGCUUGUAGGUGUUUAUGUCCAUAAAACAGUGGGUUGCUGCCCCAGACUAGUGUGGUGUAGCUGGGUGCUAGGCCUGCUGAGGAAACUGAUGAUUUUAAGCAAUAAGAGUUGGGUUUAGCAGAGCCAACUCUCAAAGAGGAAGAUCUCAUGCAGCAUUGUCACUCAUGAACUCUGAGAAUAGAGGCUUCUGCCUAGGUGGUGUGAGGACUGUGCUUAGAAUUACCUAAGGAGAACUUGAGUUGUAUAAAGUUUUAUGGAAAGCAUUUACAAAUGUAUUUUUGAAUAUUAGUGAAAUUUGUUGCAUAAAUUGCAUUGGAAGUUACUAUGCCAUUAUUAAAUACUUAAAAUAAUUUAAUCAAUUCGUUUUAUGAACUGAAGUGGAGACUUUACUGGUAGUUGUGAUUCUGAUGAAACUUGCACUGUUUUGUUUUUUUCUACUGUAAUGUAUAACCAGGGUGUUCUUUUCCAUAAUCUCACCGUUUCAUGGAGAACGUCUAAAAAUACUGAGUAGAUCAGGAAAUCACUAUUUUCCAUUAAUUUGAUUAACAGAGUGCAUAUGUUUUUAAAAUAUUUCAGUGCAUGUAAUAUUGUAAGUAAUGUUAACAUGCUACAGAUCUAGAACCCCAGUAAAACUUCCUCACCUGCAGAGAGCUCUUGAUGUGAUCUCGAUUGUGCAGAGUUUAAAAUGGGCCUUCUCAGCUGUGAGAGCAGCAGUGGUGAAGGAAUGGUAUCACCUACGCUGGCCACGUCAGGUGUGCAGGAGUGUUCACAUUAUGAACCUAAAAUCAUUGCAGUGACUUGCUCCCGUCAUGAUCUGAAGCACAAUCAAAUGUAGGAAGAUGCUGGAAGAGCGGAGACUUACAUCCACACUUCCCGUUUAGCUGACCAUCCUCCUAAUUUCUUUCGGAUAUUUUUUCCCUACGUACAGUUUCCCCCCCAAGUGCCCUUGCCACAGGUGGCAUCAUGAUGGAAAUUUCUAUUUCCUAAAAAGCUCAUGCCCCAUAAAUCCUUUUGAAGUGCCGCUUCUGAAAAACACCGUGAGAUGCCUCAAAUGCUGUAGGAAUCCACUCUCCCCUGAAAGAGCAGGAAUGGUGGUGGUGGACAGGACGAUCUGAUGGGAGACUGGAUCGUAGGCUUUGAGUGAGUUCUUUACUCGGGAGUUGCAGAGGAUGUUCUGGGGGCAAUGUGAGUGACAGCUGAACUGUGUGGAGUUUCCCUUCCCUCACUGCGGCUCAGGAGGAGGUUUGGGUUUAAGGAGGUGGUACAGCAGAGAGCACUGAGAGUUCCUAAGGAGACCUGAGCAGGAGACCUGGGUCUGUGCUGUAGCACAGAGAAUGGCUGCAGGUAAGAUCCAAAGGCUGCAGAUCUCCAGGUGGCCCACAGAGAGAAUGUGUUGUACUUACUCAUUGGGUUAAAAAGGAUGUUAUCUGGGAAGUAUCAUCACCAUAGCCACGAUUUUGGCUGUUUUUCAUGUUCACAGCAAUCUGUAAAUGGAAGCUGCAGUAGAAAAUUGUCAUCCAAAGGGCAAAUAUGUUUGAAAGGGGAAAAUAAGGAAACUGAGGGUUGUGCCACAGAAAACAUGUUUCAGUAAAUAUCUUUUACUCUGGUCUUGUUUAGUGGAGAUAGGCCUUGUGGAUUUGGGGUUUGUUACAUGACAUUUACUAGCAAAGUCAGAACAAAGGUACUUCAAAACACCUUAGUUUGAAUUGUGGACAUUGGUUCAAGUAGUUAUUUUAUUUCAUAGGUCACUUUUUAAAAAAGAAAGUAGCAUCCAAACACGUGUUGCACCUGACUAAAUGAAACUACAGUGCACAAACGCACUUUAAUCUUCUGGGAACUGUACUGGAACAUAGAUGAAACCAUGUGAAACUGCACCUGAUGCUGUGUUGUUAAUUGUUUUUGAGAUUUAAAGUUCUACAGUCAUUAUGUUGAUGAAUUAAUGUGUCUAGUCUAGUCUCAGUUUCUUUGAUCCAAGUGUCUAAAGCUGCCUCUCAAUCUCCUCUGAUCUGUAUGUGUUUGUAAUUUCAUUUGCUAUUUUCUGACAUUCUUGGACCACAGGGAGUAUUGUUAAUAUUACCCGUGUUUAUUUUAUAGAACAUUGUACUGUGCUAUCUAUCAACUUUUGUAACUUAAUUCUUAGUGAUAUUUAGGGUCAUUCUAAUAGCUGUAUGUUUGGCAAAUUAUUAAAAAUUUCUGCAAGUGA